AUGUUUAUCACGUACGAUCCUGCGAGUCAGAACAAGAAGCCCAGUCGCCGGACAAUCAAUGCAUUUGUUGCGGUGCACGCGGCCAGGAAGCGCCGGAAGCCCGCAAGGCAAGACCAGGGGAUCAACACGUAUUGGCUGCAACCGGAGGACUCAGAGCCCAAGCAUGGCAACGAUCGCCAAGUUACUCAGUGUAUUCAGCCGGUGACGCCCCGAAUGACCGUGCCGAUUGCAUCCGGCAAGUUCUACCCAAUCAGCCUGGAUACCAAGGGUCCAUCUACCAACAGGGCCCUGGCCUACUACUUUGACGUUCUGCUUCCUCACGACUCGAGCGCUCUCGGCCACGGGGAUUCCCGGGCGCAGUUCUACGCCUCCGUCCUCCUCCACUGGUCCAAUGCCCACGACGCAAUCCUUCACGGUCUCGCAGCCUUUACAUUAUGCACCCUUGAGCCCCAGGAGCACACUGACACCGGUCGGGCCCGAGCCGCUACCUUGUACCACCGCAAGAAGCUCUUCGAUCUCGUCACGGACAUGCUUGGCCGCCAAAUCGUCGACGAUGUGCUCAUACAAGCAUUAUGUCUGUUGAUUCCAAUCGACGACUAUCUCGGGUACGUCGACUUCAGCCAGGUCCAUCUUGAUGGGCUCGAGACGGUCGUCGACGCUAGAGGCGGCCUCGCCCAGAUCGGCCAGUCCGUGCCGGGAAUGGACGCGAACCUGCAGACAUCCCUGCUUGUCUCGAAGAGUCUCUUAUCGACCCAUAUUCAGACCUCCCUUGCUUAUAAUGCCACGCCCGCCGCUGAAGCUGCUAGCUUAUAUCCAACUUUAUCUGUUCAGAGCACUUUAGACCUCCCCAUCGGCUUUCAACACCUCACCCACACAGGCCAUCUCUCGACAAACUCAGUCCCAAUCCUGCAAAGCUUCUCCGCCUGGCUCCGCACACAUGGAACUACUGAUCCUGCCCUAAUACCCGUCUGGCGGUACUCAGCUCCAGCACAUCUUACACCGAUCGAGAAGUGUCUCUUCGCUGCUUUGCUCUGUUUUGCUGACGAUUUAAGCUGUAUGGGAUUCCACCCCGCAGCAAUUAUCUUCAGGCAACCGCGGAAGCGUGCGGAGAUGCUGCUUGCCGUCCCAGAGCUGUGGAGAGACCCGGCGUUGGCGGACUUUGCUGUGUGGAUGGCGCUGGUGGUGACCACUCCGAGGAACUUGGGGAUCGCGCCGUUGACGGUGCAGAGGGCACUAUUUUGUAAGAUUUUCGAAACAAGGCCUGGGACUUAUGAGUGGGUACAUAUUGACACUGCGCUUCAAUCCUUCUUCUAUGAUCAGGGGAGGGCGAGAGUCUGGGAGGGCACGUGGAAGGCUUUGUACAAGGGAUGGAAUCCCAAGCCCGAAUAG